AUGGUGUGCAUAAGGAAGGCGACGAUAGACGACUUGCUGGCGAUGCAAGCAUGCAACUUGCUAUGCUUGCCCGAAAACUACCAGAUGAAAUAUUACUUCUACCACAUCCUCUCUUGGCCGCAUCUUCUCUACGUCGCUGAAGAUUACAACGGCCGGAUUGUCGGUUAUGUUUUGGCUAAAAUGGAAGAAGAAUCGAACGAGUGUCACGGUCAUAUCACUUCUCUCGCUGUACUCCGUACUCACCGUAAGCUUGGUAUCGCUACCAAGCUCAUGAGCGCCGCCCAAACCGCCAUGGAACAGGUGUUUGGAGCUGAAUAUGUGUCACUGCAUGUAAGGAAGAGUAAUCGGGCAGCGUUCAAUCUGUAUACUGAAACAUUGGGCUAUAAGAUUCAUGAUGUGGAGGCAAAGUAUUAUGCAGAUGGAGAGGAUGCAUAUGAUAUGAGGAAGCAGCUAAAGGGAAAGCAGAGUCAUCAUCAUGGUCAUCACCAUCAUCACCACCACCACCACCAUGGUGGUGGGUGUUGUUCAGGUGAUAACAGGUCCGUGGAAGCUCGACCAGAAUCAAAAUCAGAGGCGAAAGCCAGCACCAAGGUGGAAUCAAAAACGGAUUUUGUCAAGACCUCUGUCUCAUUCACAAGGGUUCUUGUGCACACACCCAUUGUGUAUGAAACUGGUAUGUUGGUAACCCUUACUUCAUGGAAUUUGAACCAUGGUGAAGUUGCUUCUCUUUCUGCAGAUGCUCGCACAUACUCAGAUGGACAAGGCAAGGAUUUUUCUGUGUGCCAGACCUCUGGAUCUCAAGAAAUGGAUGCUCUUAAAGAGCUUGAAGUGCGUCUCAAUGCUGUAGUGUUUAGCGAUAUGGAUGCUGGCUCAAGCCUUAGGCCUCGAGAGCUCGUGCAUCCUCUCUUAAAGGCAGCCUUAGGGGCUCGUGCAUCGUCUCUUAAAGGUCUGGAUAGCUUCGGAAGUCUUUGUGCAGAGUUACAAGCGAGGGCCUAUUUGCAGAAUUAUCCUUCCUUACAUGUUACGGAAUAUUAUAUUAUUAUUAUUGUGGGGAGUAAUCUUCCUACUCUAGCAGCAACAAAGCAAGCAUGGUUGAUUUUGAAACGCCACCGGAAAAAUCCUUGUCAAAGUUGA